UAAGGCAAAGGAGAGGGAAAAAGCCAAAAAGCAUAAUAUGACCUGUGUUUCGCCUGCUCAACUACAUGAUUUUACCAUUUUAAUAUAUGAUGAUAUUUAAUAUAUUUAAUUUAUCAUUGAACAUCUAUAAUUUUAAGAGAAGUGAGGAGAAUGCAUUUAUAGAAAUAGGCCGGCAGAUAUCCUCUGUGUUCAUGUGUGUACCAUGUUUGGUGUGAUAUAUUUAACCAGACCAUUACAGAGUGACUGAUUGUACCUCGUCUGUAUGGACAUUAGAGAUCAACCAAUCCCAGCAAAUAUACAUCAUGAGCUGUUCUGUCACAUCCUGUCUGUGUCUGUAUAUAAGUUGCAGUUUCUGGUAUUUUGAAAAAGCAGAACUCCGGUCGACGCUGUUUUGCUCUGUUCUUUUUUGCUGAUUGUACUUUAAUAAAAGACACUUUGAGUAAAGAAUCUCAAAGAUUAUUUUUCCUCUCCUCCUCCUCCUGCUGCAAGGUUUCACUCUGAGGAAUGGAAGGUCUCUACGUUACCAGCAGCUCACAGAACCAAAGCUACCAUUACAACAACACCAACUUCAACUGCCAUUAUUACCACAAGCUUGAUGAGUAUCUCAAAAAACUUUGUCUCAUCUUCGAUGUGGUGAAAUCGUUAAUUGCUGCUGUCGGCCUUCCUCUGACCCUGGUGGCCAUCUAUGCUCUUUAUUCUAUGGUGAGAAGUGAUCAUGUUGCUCCCAUCUACCUCAUCAACCUUCUCAUUAGUGACUUGAUUCAGUUCUGCUGCAUGAUCGUUCAGGUGGUACCAAAUGUGGAUGAGAAGAUCUCUGAAAUCUUCUCUCAUAUUUACAUCUCUGCUCUGUUUGCCAGUGUUUACUUCAUGGUCUGCGUCGCCCUGGGAAGGUAUUUGGUCAUCGCCCACCCACUGUGGUACCGCUUCAGACGAACCAUCAAGACCUCUGUGGUGGUCUGUGUCCUGGUCUGGGUCCUUACUGUUGUCUGUUUCAUCCUUAGAUAUGUCUUUUUCAACUACUUAUAUUCUCAGUAUCGGGUGAAAUUCCCAAUGGUCGCCGCCAUCAUCCUCCUCAUUCCCUUCCCUCUGUUAAUAUUCUCCCUGGUUGGGACCCUCAAAGCCCUGUCUGCUUCCAUCUCGGUCCCCUCUGAUGAAAAACGACGAAUUGUGGGAAUUUUGCUUCUGGUGCUGCUUAUUUACACUCUGCUGUUCCUGCCCAGAAUCAUUUGGUUCCUGCAAGUAAACUAUGACCUGACCCUCGACCUCCUGUCUUACAUCUUUGUUAGGUUCAGUCCUCUUGCAGACUUGUUCCUGUAUGUCUUCAUGAGGAAAGGGUUCAUAGACAAGCUUUUGGCCUCUGUGUGUUGCUGCAGAAUGGACAGCAAUGAUAUCAGCAGUCCAUCAGUAUGAAUGAUGACAACAUUUCCACAGUCAGCUUCAUGUAGGCAGAGAAAGAGGGAGAGAG